ACACUUCCUUCGCUUCUUCCAGAGGCUGUGGGCGCCGCUGGGCUUGGGGACCCUGCUGAGAGGAGCAAGUGACGCCUGGGCCACGCAGCCCACUGAGCCCGGGCACCAUGAACGACGUGGCCAUCGUGAAGGAGGGCUGGCUGCACAAACGAGGAGAGUACAUCAAAACCUGGCGGCCCCGGUACUUCCUCCUCAAGAACGACGGCACCUUCAUCGGCUACAAGGAGCGGCCGCAGGACGUGGAGCAGCGCGAGUCGCCCCUCAACAACUUCUCGGUGGCACAGUGCCAGCUGAUGAAGACCGAGCGGCCCAGGCCCAACACCUUCAUCAUCCGCUGCCUGCAGUGGACGACGGUCAUCGAGCGCACCUUCCACGUGGAAACGCCCGAGGAGCGGGAGGAGUGGACGACUGCCAUCCAGACAGUGGCUGACGGGCUCAAGAGGCAGGAGGAAGAGAUGGACUUCCGAUCGGGCUCACCCAGUGACAACUCUGGGGCCGAGGAGAUGGAGGUGUCCCUGGCCAAGCCCAAACACCGUGUGACCAUGAACGAGUUUGAGUACCUGAAGCUCCUGGGCAAAGGCACCUUUGGGAAGGUGAUUCUGGUGAAGGAGAAGGCCACGGGCCGCUACUACGCCAUGAAGAUCCUGAAGAAGGAAGUCAUCGUGGCCAAGGACGAGGUGGCCCACACGCUCACGGAGAACCGCGUGCUCCAGAACUCCCGGCAUCCCUUCCUGACGGCUCUCAAGUACUCCUUCCAGACCCACGACCGCCUGUGCUUCGUCAUGGAGUACGCCAACGGGGGCGAGCUCUUCUUCCACCUGUCCCGGGAGCGCGUGUUCCCCGAGGACCGGGCCCGCUUUUACGGCGCCGAGAUCGUGUCGGCCCUGGACUACCUGCACUCUGAGAAGAAUGUCGUCUACCGUGACCUCAAGCUGGAGAACCUCAUGCUGGACAAGGACGGGCACAUCAAGAUCACUGACUUUGGGCUGUGCAAGGAGGGCAUCAAGGAUGGGGCCACCAUGAAGACCUUCUGCGGGACACCUGAGUACCUGGCCCCCGAGGUGCUGGAGGACAACGACUACGGCCGGGCGGUGGACUGGUGGGGGCUGGGCGUGGUCAUGUACGAGAUGGUGUGCGGCCGCCUGCCCUUCUACAACCAGGACCACGAGAAGCUCUUCGAGCUCAUCCUCAUGGAGGAGAUCCGCUUCCCGCGCACGCUCAGCCCUGAGGCCAAGUCCCUGCUCUCGGGGCUGCUCAAGAAGGACCCCAAGCAGAGGCUGGGCGGGGGCUCCGAGGACGCCAAGGAGAUCAUGCAGCACCGCUUCUUUGCCAGCAUCGUGUGGCAGGACGUGUAUGAGAAGAAGCUCAGCCCGCCCUUCAAGCCCCAGGUCACAUCGGAGACAGACACCAGGUAUUUUGAUGAGGAGUUCACGGCCCAGAUGAUCACCAUCACGCCGCCCGACCAAGACGACACGAUGGAGGGUGUGGACAGCGAGCGGAGGCCCCACUUCCCCCAGUUCUCCUACUCGGCCAGCGGCACGGCCUGAGGAGGGCCAGCUGGCCGUGCUGGUGGACGCCGCCUGGGCAGCCACAUGCUCCAGAUGUCGGCUUCGAUGGAUCGCGAGGACGUCUCGCUCUCGGAUGAUCUGUAUUUAACGUUUUUUAUUUCUGGAUGCGUGAGAGGAACCACGCACUCCUCUGUGGAUGGGAAAGCGUCUUGUGCUGCGGGCAGGGCUGCCCACUUUGGAGGCGGCGUCCUCCCACCAGCCAGGUCGAGAGGAGAAUUGUCCUGCGGCUUUUCUUAAUUUAUUUCAUCCGGUGUGGCCUCGGCCUUCAGAACAGUUAGAUCCACGUAGGAAAACGUUGAGGACUUCUGCAGCCACGUGCAAUCGGGGGUCCGCGGGCCCUGCCUGUGGCCCCUCAGGCCCUCUCGCCAGCUGUCCCUGGCUCCCACUUAUCUCAGUCCCACUUGGGGACGCUAGAAGCAACCUAGUUGUGGCAUGCUGGCCUGGCGCCCUCUCCCUUGUGGUGGGGGCAUGUGGCAGCCCCUGGCACCAAGGCCGGAGGAGAGUGGCCCUGAGAUGGGGCUGGGCCUGGGUUGGGCGGGGUUGGCCCCGGGAGACAGGGGAACAAGGCUGAAAUCUGUUGCUGUGUAUUACGCUGUUCACGUGCAUCUUGGGGUUUUUAAUCGUAGUGAGGAGAAAGCCCCUCCCGCCGCGCCUUCUCUCCCUGAGGGACGGCUCACCUCUGGCUGCCCCUGGUAGCACUUGUCCUUAUAGACGCUUUACUCUCCCGCCCGCCCCCUGGUCCCCAACCCCCGAGGGGCCGUCACUGCGCCCCCCCGCGCCCCGUCCAGACGCUGCCCUGCACCAUGGCGUUUUUUACAUUCAACUUUAGUAUUUUUACUAUUAUAAUAUGAGACUCUCCCUCUAAAUUCUUCAAUAAAGAUUGCUUUUCAA